AUGGAGAAGAGAACGGCACAUGAAGGGGGCAUGACUAACGUUUCGUGGGGUAAGCAGUACUCCUACGCCCUCUUCAAAGCCAUGAGCCACAUGUUGUGCAUUGGGUACGGAGCCCGCGCCCCGGUCAGCAUGUCGGACCUGUGGAUCACCAUGCUGAGUAUGAUCGUGGGCGCCACCUGCUACGCCAUGUUUGUAGGCCACGCCACGGCACUAAUCCAAUCACUGGAUUCCUCACGCAGACAAUACCAAGAGAAGUACAAACAAGUGGAACAGUACAUGUCGUUCCACAAACUUCCGGCCGACAUGCGCCAGAAGAUCCACGACUACUACGAGCAUCGGUACCAAGGGAAGAUCUUCGACGAGGAAAACAUCUUAAGUGAACUCAACGACCCGCUCAAAGAGGUGAGGCGGAUUUAA